UGUAAAAGCGUGGAUUGCCGAGUCACGGAUCGCUGUUGUUUAACUUGCCCACGCAGCACAAGGACAAACCGCGUUAGCAGCAUGAGCGCACACCAGAUAGCAGCGAUGACAAACACGCAACUAAGCAUGACUUAAACUCCCUAUAGUCAGUCACGUCGCCUUCGUUUGUCUUAAAGGUGUGUUUAGCGCGGCUGUUAGCCAGCUAGCAGCUAACUGUAGCGCACUUUGGAGUAACCUCUGUUCCUGACAAGUGGAGUGUGUUCAUCAUUUGAAGUUGACAGCAGCGUCCCUGCAAGAUAAGCUGCAGACAUGGGGUUCAUCCACAGCUACUGUGAAGCUAAUUCGUCCAUCUCCCACACCUGGCUGGAUGAAGGCAUCUCCCCUUGCUUUUACUUCACCCUGGUCCCCACCACCCUCCUCACCAUCGCCUUCUUCCUCGGCACCAUCCACCGGAUAUUCUAUCAGAAAUACGGCACGGCGAUGGAGCCCAAGUUCAUCCCACGCUCCCGCCUCUAUGGCUUCCAGCAGGCCCUCUCCAUCAUUCUGCUGUUGCAGUUUCUGGGUGGGAUGGCGUGGCAAGCUGCCACCGCAAGAGAGCUCCCCGGUUAUGUGGUGCUGUAUGGCUGCUUUUCUAUCCUGGGCUGGGCUUGGGCUGUAUCCACGCUCAGGGUGGAGAGACGGAGGGUUCUGAUAAUGGACAGAACACGAGGACACAGCGCUGUCCUGCUGCUGUUCUGGGCCGUGGCUUUCUCAGCUGAGAACUUAGCCUUCGUUUCUUGGUACAGUCCUCACUGGUGGUGGAACCUGGAGAACAAUCCGCAGCAGGUGCAGUUUGCCCUGUGGCUGAUGCGCUACACUGCCACCGGGCUGCUCUUCUUCAUUGGCCUUAAAGCACCAGGGUUGCCACGGAGACCAUACAUGCUGCUGAUAAAUGAGGAUGAGCGGGAUGUAGAAAACAGCAGACAGAGCCUGUUGGGGAGAACAGAGGAGAAUGAGUCCACCUGGCGAGGCUUCUGGAAGAAGGUUCGUCUGCUUGUUCCUUACAUGUGGCCCCGGGGUAACGUCUUUCUCCAGCUGCUGGUCCUCUUCUGUUUGGGGCUGCUGGGAGUCGAGAGGGCCAUCAACGUCUUUGUGCCCAUUUACUACAAGAAUAUCGUGAAUGAGCUGACUGAUGGCAGCAGCUGGCACACUCUGGCCACUACAGUGUGUAUUUAUGUCCUGCUAAAGUUCAUGCAGGGCGGAGGAGCAGGUGCCUCAGGGUUUGUCAGUAAUAUGCGCUCCUUCUUCUGGAUCCGGGUGCAGCAGUACACUAAUCGAGUGGUUCAAGUGCGUCUGUUUUCCCACUUGCAUUCCCUCUCUCUGCGCUGGCAUCUCGGCCGCAAAACCGGGGAUGUGCUGAGAAGCAUCGACCGCGGCACCUCCUCCAUUAACAGCUUACUCAGCUACAUAGUGUUCAGCAUCUUCCCCACCAUCGCUGACAUCGUCAUCUCUAUCAUCUACUUCAUCACUUACUUCAACGCCUGGUUCGGUCUGAUCGUCUUCAUCUGCAUGGCCUUGUACCUCACUCUGACUAUCAUCAUCACUGAAUGGAGAACCAAGUACAGACGAGACAUGAACCUGCAGGACAACAAUGCUAAGUCCAAGGCUGUGGACUCUUUGUUAAACUUUGAGACGGUGAAAUACUACAAUGCUGAAAACUAUGAGGUCAGCCGCUUUGAGGAUGCUAUCUUAAAAUAUCAGGCUUCAGAGUGGAAGACUCAGGCGUCGCUGGCCUUUCUCAACCAAACACAGAACCUCAUCAUUGGAUCAGGCCUACUGGCUGGCUCUCUGCUCUGUGCCUACUUCGUCACUGAGGGGAAGUUUCGGGUUGGCGAUUUUGUACUUUUCGGUACCUACAUCAUCCAACUGUAUACCCCCCUCAACUGGUUUGGAACCUACUACCGAAUGAUCCAGAAUUCUUUCAUUGACAUGGAAAGCAUGUUCAAACUUUUCGAAGAGGAGGAAGAGGUAAAAGAUGAAGUAAACGCAGGAAAUCUUCUCUACAAACUGGGAAAAGUGGAGUUCGAGAACGUUUACUUCAGCUAUACGAAUGGCAAAGAGAUUCUCAAAGAUGUGUCCUUCACUGUUCUUCCAGGACAGACAGUCGCUCUGGUGGGACCUUCGGGAUCCGGGAAAAGCACCAUCAUUCGGCUGCUCUUCCGCUUCUAUAAUGUUCAGGGAGGCUGCGUCCGCAUUGAUGGCCAGGAUAUAUCAAAAGUGAAGCAGACGUCUCUGCGAGCUCAUAUCGGCGUCGUUCCCCAGGACACCGUGCUGUUCAACGACACCAUCCGGGAUAACAUUCGCUACGGUCGCAUCUCCGCUAGCGACCAGGAGGUGGAGGAGGCCGCCCUGGCUGCCGAUAUCCAUGAUAAAAUCAUGGCGUUCCCCGAAGGUUAUGAUACACAAGUGGGUGAAAGAGGUCUGAAGCUGAGUGGAGGAGAGAAGCAGAGGGUUGCUAUUGCCAGAACAAUCCUCAAAGCACCGCAGAUCAUCCUGCUGGACGAGGCCACAUCUGCUCUGGACACACAGACAGAACGCAACAUCCAGGCCUCUCUGGCUAAAGUCUGUGCCAAUCGUACCACAAUUGUUGUAGCUCACAGGUUGUCCACCAUCAUCGGAGCAGACCAGAUUCUGGUCAUCAAUGACGGCCGGAUCGCUGAGCGAGGACAACAUGACGAGUUGCUGCUCAAGGGAGGCCUGUAUGCAGAGAUGUGGUUGAAUCAGCAGCAGGCUCAGGACUCAGACUCCUCAUCAGAGACAGAAUCCAAAGAUCGCAAAUCUGAGAAACUACAGCCUCCAUCGACCUCUGCAGGCCACCAGGGGGACUGAAUGUAUUCAUUGUUGUAGAAACUUUACAUUUUUACUCUCAUUUUUAAUUGUAAAAAGCUGGUAGGCUAUUUGAAUGUGCUAGGACACUUAGCAAAGGGACAGUGUUAUUUAUUUGUAGGAUUUUUUUUUAAUUGAAUGUGCAAUGGCAGGGCUCAGUGAAAAGGGAAGGUGCCUUAAUCAAACUGUGGAGGGAUUAACACUAUGUUCAGGGCAUACUUUAUAUCCCAUAGUUGUGAUUAUACUCAAGGUUUUGGUGUUGGGACUAUUACCUCUAAAGAAAAGACAGAUAACGGUAUGUUUUGACAUUAGAAGGCCAAAGAAUGAACAGGAGUGCGUCUUAUCUCGUGUUUUCAUUCGAGUGGCACUGAGUUUUUUACAUUUUCAGUGCUUCUAAGAUGAUCAGAAACACUCCUACCGCUAAUUCUAUAUUGUUUGUAUUUGUUUUCCUAUUUAAUGUUGUUAAGUUUGUGUUGACUGACACAAAAGGGGAUCGAAAAAUCUGAUGGCAACCUCUUGAGAGGCUGAUGAUUCCGUCCUGCUGAACAAUAUAUGAAUUGGUACACUAGCCGUCAGGGAUUUGGGUUUGUUUUUUAAGCUUUUUGGUUAUUUGCUGUUCUUUUUCAGGUGAUGUUUUAUUUCAGAAAUUCUGAAGCAUCUGUACACCCUUGAUCACCAAAACGGGGUGUGUUGAACGUCUGUGUGUCUUCUUAAAUUGUGAAGAACUUAAAAUUAUAUUUAAAAUUUUGCUUUAGAAAUACUUCUAUAUGUCUGGAGUUGUACAGUCCACAGUCCUUUUGACUUAUAGCCAAAUUAUUAUCCGUGUUUUGCUAAAUUAACUCGUCAAAAUCUCUGAAUAAAAAAGACAUACCUUUAAACUCA